AAGCUUCCUGAUGUGAUCGGGUUUGCGUCCUCUACAGUUCAUAUUCCGGUGCAGCUGCUCGUCUUACAACUUCAAGUGUUGUUGUUGUGGAUCAACGAUUAACUUUUGGGAACUUUGGGACCACAGUUGCACUCGGCUCCGCUUAAAAGUCGUGAACUCGUAAUUUAGUUGAUUGCAGUUAAUUCGGGGCUGCUUUGUUUUUAGUGCUUCUGCAUUUUUAGCGUAUAAUGCGCCUGCAUGUGUUUGGAAACGUGUUUUUGUUUGUUUGAUUGCAGUCGCAUCGAGUUUCUGAAUUAAAAAGCUGCGCUCAGAUUCUUCAAAGUUUACUUCAAUCAGAAAGGCGAAGCUGAAAGAAAGAUGUCUUCUAAGAUUCUUCUGACUAAUCUACGAACAUCUGCGAGCUUCUGCAAAACCCUGAAGUUUCCGCAGAGACCCUGGACUCCUUUCAUUGCUUCCCAACAGAGCUGUGCCAUUCAUGUGGAUAAUCCACCCAGCAUCCCAACCCUGACUACAAGCUAUGUCCAUGGCCUCUCUUCCCAUCCACUGCAGUCCAGUACUGUGGACCAGUGUCUUCAAGCUACAGUUGAGCGUUACCCAGACCGUGAAGCCAUGGUUUUUGUGCAGGAUGGAAUACGCAAGACCUUUGCUGAGUUUUACCAAGACGUGGAAAAGGCUGCUGCGGGUCUGCUGGCGGCUGGGCUGAAGCGGGGAGAUCGAUUAGGGAUGUGGGGACCAAAUAUCUAUGAAUGGGUACUGAUGCAGUUUGCCACAGCUAAAGCAGGGAUCAUUUUGGUUGCGGUGAACCCGGCUUAUCAAUUGCAAGAGGUAGAAUUUGCUCUCAGAAAGGUGCAGUGCAAUGCAGUUGUCUGCCCAACUAAAUUCAAAUCCCAGCAUUACUGUGACAUGUUAAAGCAGCUUUGUCCAGAGAUGGAGACUGCUUCACCUGGAGGAAUUAAGAGUUCAAGACUUCCAGACUUGCAUACUGUGAUCGUGACUGACAGUCAGCAGCCAGGAUCUUUCCUUUUGAAAGAUCUGAUGCAGGCAGGAAGCAGCCAACACUAUCAACAACUUCAAGACCUACAGAAGAAACUUGUUUGCGAUGAUCCCAUAAACAUUCAGUUUACUUCGGGAACUACUGGAAAGCCCAAAGGAGCCACUCUAUCUCAUCACAACAUCGUGAACAAUGCUUAUUUCACUGGCAUGCGCAUUGGCUACAACUGGAGGAAAAAUGUGAGGAUAUGCUUGCCGGUGCCCCUGUAUCACUGUUUUGGCUCAGUGGGUGGUGGUGUAAUCAUGGCUUUGUAUGGCACCACAGUGAUUUUUCCAUCAACCGGUUAUGAUGGACGUGCCAACCUUCGGGCAAUAGAGAAAGAGAAGUGUACAUUUGUCUACGGUACCCCCACUAUGUAUAUCGACAUGCUCGGACAGCCAGACCUGGCCAAGUUUGAUUUGUCAUCAGUUCGGGGUGGUAUUGCGGCUGGAUCUCCUUGUCCUCCUGAGGUCAUGCGUAAAAUCCUAAAUGUCAUGGGUAUUAAGGAAAUGGUGAUUGGCUAUGGCACAACUGAAAACAGCCCUGUGACAUUCUGUGGCUUUCCUGUGGACAGUGCAGAGAGAAAGAUAGAGACUGUUGGAUGUAUUUCCCCACACACCGAGGCUAAAGUCGUGGACCCUACAACAGGAGAGAUCGUGCCUCUGGGGGCUCAGGGGGAGCUGAUGAUCAGAGGGUAUUGUGUGAUGCUGGAGUACUGGCAGGAUGAGGAGAAGACCCGUGAGUGCAUCACGAAAGACCGCUGGUACAAAACUGGUGAUAUUGCCAGUUUGGACCAGUUUGCAUACUGCAAAAUAGAGGGGCGCAUCAAAGAUUUGAUCAUCCGAGGAGGAGAAAACAUCUAUCCUGCUGAAAUUGAGCAGUUUCUGCACACACAUCCCAAAAUUCUAGAAGCACAGGUGGUUGGUGUGAAGGAUGAGAGGAUGGGAGAGGAAGUAUGUGCUUGUAUUCGACUUAAGGAGGGUCAGGAAUGCACUGUAGAAGAGAUUAAGGCUUACUGCAAAGGAAAGAUUGCCCAUUACAAGGUGCCGCGCUAUAUAUUGUUUGUUCAGGAUUAUCCUCUGACAAUUACAGGCAAGAUCCAGAAGCACAAACUGCGCGAGCGGACCGAAAAACAGCUCGGACUGUGAUGAUGGCAUCUGUGGGAUUUUUUUAAACCGUUACAAGCAGGAAAUUAUGCUAAGGACUUUACUAGGUCACUUUUGUGAUUUCCACAUUUAUAAUUAGACCCAUCAUGUUUUAUAUGUGCACGAUAUUACACUAAGUUACCACAAUUUUAGAAAAACCAGUGGCAUUUCACUAUCUUAAUGGAACAAUUCACCCCAAAGACUUGCUGUUAAUUUACUUAAACUCAGGCCUUCCAAGAUUGAAGUCAACUUGUUUCUUCAGUAUCAGCUCACAUGUGGGAUUGUAUCCGCAAAUUCUCAGAAGCCACAGAUAUUGGUUUUGUUUAGUCUGUAUAUGGCUUUUAUCAGUGUUUGGUAUCUGUUUAUGAUGGAAAAACAGCUACCGAGUAAAUUAACAGCAACUUUUACCUCUCUCUCUUUACAAAUCAUGUACUUUUAAUUGUUUUUAUUUUGUUAUGAAUUGCAUACGAUUGAUUCACAAUCAUGGGUAGUGGGAUACAAAAAUAGUCAUAGAAAUUAGUUACUCUAUGCAUGCUUAUAUUAAGUAAAUGUAUUAAUACAUGUCUAAUAAAAUGAACCUACCAAUUAUAAUUCUCAUGAAACAAAAAGAC